UGCUCAUGGGGCGGGGUCUUGCAAGAGGGCGGAAAUGGCUUCGUGCGCGGAGCUCCUGGAGUAACGAUGGCGAGACCUGGGCGCGCAGCAGUGGCAAAAGCCGGGUCUGCGGGGCUUAGAGGCCCCGGACAGACGCACGCUCGACGGCAGGAGCCGCCGCGGGGACAGCAGCGCUCGGCAGCAUGGCCGGGACGGCGCAGCACGGAAAAGAAGAAAGUGAAUUGCAAGCCCAAGAACCAGGAUGAGCAAGAAAUUCCUUUCCGGCUCCGAGAGAUUAUGCGGAGCCGACAGGAGAUGAGAAAGCCGCUCAGUAACAAGAAGAGAAGGAAGGAGGCCCAGAUGGCUUUCAAGAAGACAUUGGAAAAGGAAGCAAAGGGAGAAGAGCCAGACAUCGUUGUCCCCAAGUUCAAGCAAAGGAAAGGGGAGUCUGAUGUGGCCUACAUCCAACGCAUGGAGCAGGAGGCCCAGCAUGUGCUGUUCCUUACCAAGAACCAGGCCACUCGGCAGCCAGAGGCGCAAGCAGCUCCCAAGAAGGAGAAGUCUGAAGGGAAGAAAGCCAGGCAGUGGUGGUGCAUUCCUUUAAUCCCACGAUUCAGGAGGCAGAGGCUGGUGGAUCUCGAGUUUGAGGCUAGCCUGGUCACAGAGUAAGUUCCAUGACAACCAGUGCUGUUACCCAGAGAAGCCCUGUCUUGAAAAACAACAAAAAACCCCAAAACUCAUGUAGACAUCAAAAGAGCUAGGCUUGGGUCCUGCUGUGGAAGCACAGUUUUCUGGCAGACUUUCCAAGAGCUUCCUUCUAGCAAAGCAGUCCUGGUGCCCACACGAAGUGCUUUUUCUCACUUUUCCAAAUUUGUUUUGCUCUCUUUGAAGUCUGGACCGUUGCUCUCUGAUCCACUCAUUCACAGCCCCGGUCAGUGCAUGCCUGUCAGUGUGCCUGGGACUGAGUGCUUAGAUGUGUCAACAGUAGCAAGGGCCGCUUGGUUUCCCACUAAGCAGACUAGAGCCAGGACCAAGAGCCACUAUUAGAGCUGUAGGCUUUUGUGUUCUUUCAGAUGCAACGUAAUUGUCCAGUUAAAGCACAACCAGCCAACGCUGUAGCUAACUGAACUGCAUUAAAGAACUCUGGGUAACCCAGUAGUGAGAUAUCCACCCUGCCCCCAGCUGUAGCUCUGACCACGCUUCUUUGUGGUCACAGGUGCAGACAAGACAGAGGGUCUGGGGUCCCGGACCUGAGCAUGCUCUCUUGCUUCCAGUCAGGUCACAGAGGGCACCCUGGGUGAAUCCUUGGAGCUGGAACUUGGGGCUGUCACACACUUCUUGUAUAAGUGCAUUCUCCCCAAAUAAACUUCACUUAACCUGUA